AUGGCGCUAGACGCGCGCCCGCCUUGCAAGGCUGAGCCGCUCGAUGUGAAGCAGGAGGCGAGUGCCGAGGCGGCCGAAGAGGAGGAAACGUGCCCGCUGUGCACGCCCAAAGACGAGCGCGACAAGGAGCUGUGGGUCGCGUGCUUCCAAUGCAAGACCUGGUUUCAUGUCGUGUGCCUCGGUCUGGACGACGUCGAGGCGUACGACAAGUGGUGCUGUGCGCCGUGCCAGGCGCGUGGAUACUCGCACAAGAUGCGCGGCCCACGGCGGCGAUCGAAGCGCGAGCACGCGACAACCGACUAUGCGGCCAUCCAAGAAGGGCGCCCCCCGGACCCGCUCCGCCGCUGGGAAGAGUACAUGGCGCACUGUGCGCCGCUGCCUGAUAUCGCGCGGCGCGUACCUGCAAGCACAUGGACACGCGAAUGGCUCGCGAACGACGCGUACGCGCUCGACACGCCGACUAUUGUCCCCUCGUCGCCAGACGGCGUCCCAGAGAUUCGCGGCAUGCGCGCGCCGCCCCGCACGACGUCGAUCCGCGACAUUGCCAAUUGGGUCGGCCCCGAGACGAACGUCGAGGUGAUUGACGUGCGCACGCAAAUGUCCUCUUCAUCCUGGACGCUGGACGACUGGGCAUCUUACUUUGAGACGCCGGCGGCAGAGCGCGAAAAACUUCUGAACGUGAUUAGUCUCGAGGUCACCGGCACACGCAUGGAAGAGAUGGUCGCGGCACCUGCGAUGGUCGCCGAGAGCGACUGGGUCGAACGCGACUGGCCACGCGACAAGCGGCCUGCCGCGGAGGAUGCAAGCAAGUGGCCCAAAGUCCAGCGGUACGUCCUGAUGGGCGUGCAAGGCGCGUUUACCGACUUUCACAUCGACUUUGCCGCAAGUUACGUAUACUACCAUGUGAUAUGGGGGAAAAAGGUGUUCCUCUUUGCUCCGCCGACGCCUGCCAACCUCAACGCGUACCGCGCGUGGACGUCGUCGGCGCGGCAGGAAGCCGAAUGGCUCGGCGACUCUUUGCAGCGCCUUGCACGCGUCGAAAUCGCUGCGGGCGAGACGAUGCUGAUUCCCGCCGGCUGGAUUCACGCCGUACACACGCCGCAGGACACGCUGGUCAUUGGCGGCAAUUUCCUCUCGGACUUUAACGUCGCGAUGCACUGGCGUCUGGAGGAACUCGAGAUCGCGACUCGCGUUCCACGCAAGUUUCGGUUUCCGCACCUGAUGCGCCUUGCGUGGUAUGUGGCUCAGGGGUGGUCCGAGCGCUUGCCGAUGGAGCUCGCGCCGCGCGUGCGCGACGGGAUUCGGCACCUGUGCCGCCGCCUCGCACAGGAGCUCGAAACGAUGCUAGAGACCGAUGCAGAGGGACAGCGCACGAUUCCGUGCCGCACGAUGCUGUACCGGAUCCUCGUGCUCUCGUACAAAAACUACACAACUUUGUAG